GACACCUUUAUAGGUUCUUUGAAGAACUAUUUAAGGACAUGGUUCUUUAAAGAACCCUGGUGUGAAAGGUUCUAUGUGGAACCAGAAUUGGUUCUUCUAUAGCAUCACUCUGAAGAACCCUUUUCGGUUCCAAAUGGAACCUUCAUGUUUUCUGCGUGUAUUAUUUAAAUGUCUUUCAUAUAUAUUCUCGUCGUUAAUUACCCGACACCUUCCUCAUCCUCACUGUUUUGGUACAUUUUAAUUCAAUCUUAAGUAAAAAGGUCAAAAUGAAACACCAAAGUAUGCUUCACAGUUCGUACCACCGUGUCAUUUGCAAGUGCCUUCAUCAUUUCAAAAAGAAAUGUUAUUACAGGAUUUACUGUAGGACCUUUCGUAUUCUUAAGUUGGCUCCAGACUACAUAGUUUGUUUUUUUAAGGAUAUCGUGUCUGUGACGAAGAUGAAGAUCCUCUCACACGCUGGAUAGGAACACAGCAGAACAGAGACAGCGUGUUUCAAUCCUCUGAUAGGAGUUCCAGAUGAGAUUUGAGCGUGCGGGGAGGAGACCGCCCUGCCCCUCCGGGCCGCCGCACUAUAAGACGGCAGGUCUGGCGGGGAGGACGUCCACACAGACGGGAUGCACUCCUCACGCCCUCCCGCCAUGCUGAAGGUAAGACCAUGACUCUCCUGAAGACAUGAGCAGCAGCAGCUGGUUGUCGAGCCGAAGCCAACCGAGUGUUGCCAUCGGUCUGAAGUCCAGUUGUCACUGCGGGUUCUGAUGAGAGGGAGAAAAUGGAAGGCAGACGAAGAUACAAUGGAAUGUUUUUUGGUUAAUAUUCCUUGGGUUCAAACGGUCUGAGAAUUUACCCUUUUUUUUGUUUUUUACUCAUUGUUUCUUAUUUCCGAGAAAAAAUAUUUCGGAAAUCAUUCGGAAGUGAAGUAAUCUCAUCACAAUUUACUGAGAAUCUGAAUCUUCCUCAUGUCAGAAGAAUUUAAAAACCCGCUUCAAUCAAUUAUUGAAAAUGAAAUAAAUGAAAGUAUGACUUGGACUUAGUCACACAGAGCAAGAUUUCAGCUUUUUGGAUCCUGCUCAUGGACUUUAGUCACAGACUGAAUGAAUUCAGAGGCCUGACUCGCCAAUGCCGAUGGGAAUUUUCUAGGAUUGAUAUUUUGUAAAUGUAAUUUCCUUGUACAACUGUGUUGACCAAAAUCGAGUCUUCUCGAGGUCUGGUGCUUCGCUCCAACCGCACUUCACUGUCCUCAAGGGAUGGAGGCGUGAUGGCGUGUACCCCUGUUCCUAAAACUAGUCUACGAUAGUAUACUGUUUAUAAUCCUGUAACCUCGUAGGUCUGGGUCUAAAAAACGACAAAGAGAGUUGUUAGUUUUCAGCGCUAUCAUCCUCUCAAACAAUAUCAGAGAAUGCAUUCAUAGUCCACCAAUUCAUCUGAGGUUCUAGUCAAAAUCCCCAAAGUUACGGUUGACCAUCACUCGGGUCACGAAGAGCACCGCCAAGUGUCGAAACGCGGUUUUCAAAGCCCAAAAUUCAAGGAAUAUCCUUUUAUCUAAUCUGUCAUUAGUCCAGCCUUAAGAUGUAUCGGCGCGAGCGCGUCUCAAUGAGGUCUAUUCUAUCAAUUUAAUCUGUUAUCAAAGAUAACUUCAUUUAAUUCCAGUUAUCACGUGUUGUUUAUGCGUCAAACGACACAAAGGAGUGUUGUCGAUGUCGCGAGGUACAGGAAACAUCUGGAUGUGAUGAUGACGAAGAGCAUGAUGAUGGGCUCUGGCGUAUUCAAAGCUCCUCCCUCUCCUCUCCAGGUGGUGUGUGUUCGGAUGUGUGUGUUCUACGCCGCCGUGUGUCUGGCCGGCUGGCCGCCGUCCUCCGAGGCGGCCCGGCUCCGCUGCGGCUCGGACCUCCUGGACGACAUCAGAUUCGUGUGCGGGGACCGUGGGAUCUACAUAGGUAGAGGGACGUGGUCUGGUUACGGCGCUCGGCCGAGGGGGAAGGGGAUAGUGGAGAAGUGCUGUCGGGCGGGUGGCUGUGAACUUCAGCUUCUGGAGAUGUACUGCGCCAAACCCAAGAGCCAGCGGCGGCAGACGACCGCCUCCCCGACCACAACCACGGCACCUCGUACCGCCACGCAGCUGCACACGACUCAGCAGUUCCAGGCGGUGUUUCUGAAGAGGCUCUCCGAGCACCUGGGAGCGCCCGGCGGUCCGAAGAGGGAAGCGGACAGAAAGAAAACACAGGCUUCCCCUCGACGGAAAAGCAAAGUCCCAUUGGCUCGCCGGAGGAUUAAAGCAAAGACCACGACCGGCAGGCCUCCUUCGACCUCCGGGAGUCGUCCUCUUUGGAGAAUGAUGACCGUUAAAUCGUGACCUUUGACCUUGUGAAAAGAACCAUCAAUAUGUGUAGUGGAUUUGGACACAGCUAGUUUGAAAGACUGGUUCUGCCUGUUGUGAUAUACAUUCUCUACCAAGUAGGGAUCACAAACCGGUUUGGAGGGAAACUGAAGUCCGGACUCCAUCUCUGGGCGAGCUGAUGUUACGCUAACCUGGAACUCAAUGGAACGUCUCACUGAGUCCUUCUUACUUCUGUCUUUCUGGAUCAAAGGGACAUUACAUGGUGAAUCGACCUUUACUCGUAUAGCGCUUUCUAUUCUUCUGACCACUCAAAGCGGGACAGUAUUCACCCAUUCACACCCAUUCAUACACUCAUGGGAGGGGCUACCAUGCAAGGUAUCGCAUGCCUAUCGGGACUAAUUAAC